AUGAAACAAGAACCGGCUCCGCCACAACUGCGGGUGCUGUGCAGGCCUUUACGAGCGGUGUUUCGCAGAAAAGGAUUCUUCGAGAAACAUAGCCACCUUGUGCCGGACCGCUGCCGAGCUCUGAGACUCCCGGAAGAGAAGCUGUGGACGGCCGGUACAGGAUCGGUCUUUGGUCCUGGUCCGAAGUCUAUUUGUAAAUCAAAAGUUAGUAAGCUGCUUCACACGGUGUGGAGUGUGCGAGGCGGGUCACGGCAGGCUGGUACGAGACAUGGCAGAUGGCGCCCGGCAGCGGGCGCCAUCUGCUCAUAUCAGGUGUAUUGGGGUAUGAUCAUUCAUGCAUUUAUGCAUUUGCACAUGCUCCGUCGUUUUUUGCAUGUUUUUUUUCUGGUAAAAGAAACAGUAAAGGUUAAAAUAACCGGGGUUUACGCGAACCGGAGUUUACGUUGCUCAGGGCGGGUAACCGGGCCCAGGCAGCAGUCGCCGUUUCUUCUCUGA